AUGAUAUCGGUAAGAUUCUAUGGAACUACAGCAUAUCUUAUAGACAAAAGUCUUAUACCAAUAGUUUUGUUAUGGUUAGACCCAGUUGUUGGAUAUAACUUCAUAACAUAUGGUUCAUUCGAUACGGAACGUUGCAGUGAAGGCUUACUUUACAUCGUUCAGAAACCGAAGGACUUCAAUACAAAGAGAUAUAAGAUAGGAAGAACAUAUAAUAUAACUCAAAGAUAUGACAGUACAGUCAAUAGAGUCAAGGUUGUGUUCGUUAACGAUAUGAGAGCUGCUGAAACAGAACUACUUGAAAAGUUUGAGAAAAUGUAUGGUGCUCCCACGAAAGGUAAAGAAACGUUUGAAGUAGAUGAGAUAGAUAAAGCUAUAAAAUUAUUUGACGAAGUUGCUGAAAAAUACAUGUAA